AAGCUUCCUUUCAUCUUUCCUCUCGGCGGCGAGCGCUCUCUCGCGAAUGACCUCUUCUUCUCCCCCCUCAGACGUCUGCUGUUGGUCUCCGUACGCAACCUGAUUCCCGCUCUUCCCACCUCACGGAACUGCGGCAGCGGCUGGAGCUGGCCUAGAGGGGCGCCGUAGCGAAAACAGUCCCAAGAAGGUGCUGCAGGCGCUGCUGAGAGGAGCGUGUCAAACGCUGUGAAGGAAGGCGCGCCCGCGAUGUCGAACCGCGGCAAGCAGUUCAAGGCGCUCUCUCCCAAGAAGGUGUCCAGGAGGAAGCGCACCCCUCGCUGCGACUCGUGUGGCAAGCGAGAUGGAGAGGACGCGGGCGGCGAGGGUCAACCAAAAAUCCGCCUCAAGCUGUGCGCGCGUUGCAGAGCAGUGGCCUACUGCGGGAUGGAGUGCCAGAAGGCGGGCUGGAAAGUACACCGGGAGGUGUGCAUGCACUACGCCAGCGCGUCCGAGCUUCCCCCGCAGUCUCCGUCGGUGAAUCACCAGAAGGUCUCCGGGACCGGCCAGCGGGGCAGCAGGCGAAUAGUAACCUACGGCGGCGCCGUGGGAAGCGUCGGAGCCACCCCCCGCCAGAGGGAGCACGCGCCCACAAGGCACCCGUUCUUCGGGCGGCAGAAUUCGAUCGAGAGCGAUAGGCGCGCCACGGUCGGGAACCUACAAUCGUCGAAGGCGUUACGUGAGGGAGAGCGGCAGCAGCUGCAGCAGCAACAGCAGCAACAGCAGCAACAGCAGCAACAGCAGCAGCAGUCGGAAGAAGCACGGCGACGGUCACCGCAGACGACCCAGCCAGCGAGCGAGGAAGAACCCUGUCCAUCUCCCCCGACGAUGCAACGGCUAAGCUAUCCAGGCCGCGGCCGAAGCUGGCAAGGCUCGAAAUCGGGCAGCAGCGGGGGGAAUGACGCCAAGCGCCCGUCACCCGUCGGCAAGAGUCCUUCCGAGAAGCCACAGCCUCGGCAGAGUCCUGGAGCAGCGGUGGCAGCCGCUGUCAAGAUGGCAGCCUCGCGAGCGCGUCGACGGACACACAACCUGACGAAGGGCGGACGCGCCUACGGCAGCCUCUCGCCGACGCCGGCUCCCCCCGCCGCCGAGGAAGUCAAGAGGAGGCGCGCCGGCUCCGGCCCCAUCCGGAGGGAGAGCGCGCCGCUCUACCCCGCAGCGCUGGAGAAAACGAAACGUCUCGCGGCAAGGAAAGAUGCCUCGCUCGCGGCCGACGUGAGUCGGAGAGGACCUCCGCCGCCGUACUCUUCCGUUGCUCACCGCGCCGAGUCUGCCAGGAAGCCACCACCUUCCACCAGCCCAAAUGAUGGCAAGGCCGCGGCAGCACCCCCGCGAAGAUCGUCGUCGACCGCGAACGUCCGGCAAACUACUCGCAUCCCGCCGCCAUUGCCUCCGCGCCCUUCGGUAAGCCUUGACGCGAACACGGCUUUCCCGCGCGGCUCGUCGCUGUCGCCAGGGCUUGCCGGCGGUACUUCGACAGGAUCGCCGCAACAGCUCGCACCGGAGAACAAAGCGGGAGGAGACCAACCGGCGGGUGAGCACGAAUCGACGGCAGGGAAGGGUGUCAAGGCGCCACGAGAGUCGCAGCUGGAGAACGAAAAACCGCAGGUUUCGAGGUUCGGCGGAGGCGGGGAGGGGGAGAUCGACGCGCUCGAGGUGGCAAAAGACGGCGAGGGCGGGGGGGUGCAGGUAGCACGGGAGGGCGAGGAGGAGGAGGAGGAGGAGGAGAAGGAGGAGGAGGAGGACACGGAGGAGCCGACGCCUGAAUCUAGAGCUGGCGACGACGCGCGAGCACGGGAUACGCACGGGGCUCCCGAAUGGGUUGUCCCGCCGCCCGUGGCUAAGGACCGCUCGCAGGACUCGGCGGCAGGCUCUCCACGGGCGCGAGAGGACGACAACGAGGUGGUUCCGGUGCAGCCGGUGCUGACAACAGGUCCUGCACACGAAGUAUCGCAAGAUUUGGCUGCAGGUUCUGUGUUGGGUCGGGAAGGCGACGCAGCUCUGGCGAAGGAUUCCGCCGCAGGUUCGUCGCGAGACUCGGCGGCAGGUUCUCCUCGACCGCGGGAGGACAACCUGGUGCCGUCGAGGCCGGCCAUGGCGAAAGGGUCGGCUGGGACGGUGUCGCGAGACUCCACUGCGGGUUCCAUGUCGGGCCAGGAGGGCGACGCAGCAGUAGUUGCCGUGCGGCCAUCGCUGGCGCCCUGCUCCGUCGAUUCUCUUUCACAAGACUCCGCGGCGGGAUCUACGACGGCGCACGAGGACCACCAAGCGCCUGCCGUGCCACUCCCCAUGGAACCACCUCCACCCAUCCAGACAUCCUCCAAGACGGGAGCCUCGGGCGUAGCGGACACAGGAGUGUUUGACUCGUGCCCACCCUCGACCGGGGCAAGUCCAUCGGAGCCCGGCUCCCAACGAUCUCUUUCGGUUGGCACCGUGCCCCAGUUCCUCUCGAUGCCACUCAUGCUGGCAGCCAGAGAGAAAGCUUCGGCGGCGGUGGCUGCUUGGCAGAAGGAUCGCAGAAACUCCCCUCGGCCUCGCCCUCCGGUCAGCCCGGGACCGGCGGCGCUGUCGCAGGCUUCCCCGCUGAAGUCGGCCUUCCGCUUCCGGAAGCCUUCGGCGGCGUCGGAGCACGACGACGAAGGGCCGGAGAGAACCCUUCCCUCCUCCGCGUCCGCGACCUUGGGGGGCGGGGCGAGGAAAAUAUUGUCGGCACCGCUCUUGUCGCGCACGUUGUCGGCGCUUUCUAGCGCGGCGAGCCAUGCAUCACAUGGGUUGGCGAAGGCUUCCCCGACGACGCGCCCGCCGUUCGUGCCGACCAUCGAGCUGUCCCCCAGGGCGAGCCUGCCGGCCUCGCCUCACGCCCCGGGCCCAAGGAUCACCGACACGGCGAAGUUUUACCUCGAGCGGGCGGGCGCAGCGCCGGCGCCGGCGGGCGACGUCGGCUUGUUGCCCCCGGCGUCCAAGGCGUACUUCGGCCGGCCCUCCGGCUUCUCCGUGCACGUGCUGGUGGCGUCCGCUCUUUCGGCCGCCGAUCUCGGGGACCGACACCAGCAGCACCUCGAGGGCGGCGGCAGCCAUAGCCCUCGACUGUGCUACUCGUUCGAGGACCGCGGGAGGGUGGCGGAAGCGCUGCGCCCGGGAGACGUGGUCCUGCUCACUCCGGGGCGGUACGAGGCGCGGGCGUGGGGCUUGCAGCGCUUGGUGUCGAGCGUCGAGAUCAUCGGGGCCGGCGACGCCGCCGACUGCGUGCUGUACAACGACCCGGCCUGUUCGGGCCCCGCUGGGGAGCACUAUCUGGUCGGGGUGAUGGGGGGCGCGCUGGGCAGCGCCGCCGGCGGCGGGGCGAGCGUGCCCGAGGUCAAGGGCAAGGACGUGGUCGCGGACGAAGACGACAGCGACAGCGGAUUCGAGGACGGCGCGCUGGGACCGGCGAACAGUUUGGUCCACUCCUUCAGCAGCAGGGCGGUGCGAGUGCGUCUCGCCAACCUCACCCUCGAGCAGGGCUCCGGGUACAGGGGCGCGGUGUAUCAGCUCGGCCGGGAGUCCCACCUGGAGAUGGACGGCUGCACGGUGGUGGGCUCGAAGGGGGGCGUCAACGUAGACCAGGGGACCUGCAUCAUCCGCGACUCUUGGAUCUCCGGCAGCGAGGUCUUCGGCGUGCACAUCGGCGGAGAGGGCGCGGUGGAACACUGCUCGAUCCGCGGCUGCGGCCGCGGGGGUCGAGGAGGAGCAGGAGGUUUGUCGUCUUCCACCGCAGGCAACACCGAGGACGGGGACGACGAUGAUGGCACGGACGUGAAUCGGGUCGGGAGCAUGCCGGCUAUCAGCAUCCUCCAGAGCUCGCGCGUGCGUGUGCGCUUCAACGUGAUCCGAGACAACGCCGGGCACACGCUUCAGUACCGGGACGCGCCGCUACCCGGCGGGGACGGAAAGUAUGCCCUCCUGGCACGACGAGCGGAGGCGGAGGCGGAAGAGAAGCUGAGGUCGUGGCUCGGGUCUGCAGCAGUGCUCCUCCGAGACCACCUCCAAGGGCAGCACCGGGAAGGCUCCGUCGUCUCCGAGGGCAACCAGUGCCACCUCAACAGGGGGUGCGACCUCGCGCGCUGCUCCGGAGGGGGCGCGGCAGAGGAAAUCGGAGUAGGAGCUGGGGGGGGUGGUGGCGGUGGGUCCGCGGCCUCCGGCGCAGCAGCCGAGUCCACGGCCGGCGAAGGAGAGGGUCUGGAGCCGGAAGUCGGUGGUCAGGAAAUAUGUGAAGAAGUGUCGCGUGAUGGUCCUGGCGAGGGGGAGACGCGGACGAGAACGCUGAGGGGGCAGCAGACCUGUGUCCCCACGGCGGAGGAGGAAGGGCUUCCCUUACCGUCGGCCAUGACGCUGCGAUUCCUUGCCGCGAUGGAUGAGGGCUACGUCGGUAGCAGGCGGGAGGAGAACGCCCGGUUGAAGAAGAGAAGGGAGGGCGGGGCGGGUUAGCAACAAGGGUUGGAGACCUGAAGGGGGGAUGUCGGCGGGUAACGUCGCGACGAGAUUGGAUUUGUGUAAAGUUUGGAUGGUGUUUUUAUUUUAGCCCCGAGCGCGGUAGAGGCUUGGGGGUCUUGGUAUGCUGUCAAAUCGCCAGGUGUCGCGUCGCCCCGCUUCCCGGCGUAUGCUCCCUCUCUCUCUCUCUCUCUCU